CUCCGAUGACGGAGCCAUUUUGUUGUCGCCCCUGUGUACAGAGUGCUGUCAUGCAGUGCAGGGAAUGCUGGGACUUGUAGUUUUGCCGGAGGGUCCCAGCAUGCACACGUUUUCCCGGGGUUUUGCAGUGAGGCAGUGAGGGAUUGGACACUCUGCUUAUUGCCUCCAAGAUUUGUAAUAUACAACCUGAGUUAAAGCGUCAACAUGAGCUCUUCUGGUAACAAUCUCGAUGACGAGGACACCUUCAAGAUCCUUGUGGCGACCGAUAUUCACCUGGGUUACAUGGAAAAAGAUGCCGUGAGAGGAAAUGACAGUUUUGUGACUUUCGAUGAGAUCCUGAAGCUGGCUAAGGAUAAUGAAGUGGACUUUCUAUUGCUCGGUGGAGAUCUGUUCCACGACAACAAACCUUCCAGGAGGACACUACAUACAUGUAUGGAGCUGCUGAGGAAAUACUGCAUGGGAGAUCGGCCGAUCCAGUUCGAGAUUCUUAGUGAUCAGUCUGUUAACUUUAGCUAUAGCAAAUUUCCUUGGGUGAAUUACCAGGAUGACAAUCUAAACAUUUCUAUUCCUACAUUCAGUGUCCAUGGAAAUCAUGAUGAUCCGACUGGGGCAGACGGUCUUUGUGCACUGGAUUUACUAAGUUGUGCCGGACUUGUGAACCAUUUUGGACGCACAACAUCUGUAGAGAAAAUUGACAUCAGCCCCGUACUGCUACAGAAAGGACGAACGAAGAUUGCCAUGUAUGGAUUAGGGUCCAUUCCGGAUGAAAGACUUUAUCGCAUGUUUGUUAACAAACAAGUUACAAUGCUUCGGCCCCGGGAGGAUGAGUCCAACUGGUUCAACCUAUUUGUUAUUCAUCAGAACAGGAGUAAACACGGAGCCACGAAUUACAUCCCCGAGCAGUUUCUGGAUGACUUUUUAGAUUUGGUGAUUUGGGGCCAUGAACACGAGUGUAAGAUAGCGCCGGUGAGGAACGAGCAGCAGCUCUUCUAUGUGUCACAACCUGGGAGUUCUGUGGCCACUUCCCUGUCCCCUGGAGAAGCAGUAAAGAAACACAUAGGUUUAUUACGAAUCCGACACAAGAAAAUGAACAUGCUGAAACUCCCUCUCCAGACCGUGCGCCAGUUCUUUAUCGAAGAUGUCGUCUUGGGUGACUAUCCAGACCAGUUCAAUCCAGAUAAUCCCAAAGUGACUCAGGACAUAGAAAACUUCUGCGUAGAGAAGAUAGAGGGAAUGUUGGAGCUGGCGGAGAGGGAGCGUCUGGGAAAUAAUUGUAUACCGGAUAAGCCUUUGAUACGACUACGGGUGGAUUACACGGGUGGUUUUGAACCCUUCAAUACUCUACGAUUUAGCCAGAAGUUUGUUGAUAAAGCUGCUAAUCCCAAAGAUAUUAUACAUUUCUUCAGGCACAAAGAGCAGAAGGACAAGAAAGACUUCGUGGCAAUUAAUUUUGGGAAAUUUGACAGCAAAUCAUCCUCCGAGGUUACCACGCUGAGAGUGGAAGACCUGGUAAAGCAAUACUUCCAGACUGCAGAGAAGAAUGUGCAGCUUUCUCUACUUACUGAGCGAGGGAUGGGGGAGGCUGUAGCAGAGUUUGUAGAUAAAGAAGAAAAAGAUGCCAUAGAAGAACUGGUGAAAUUUCAGCUAGAAAAAACCCAACGGUUCUUAAAGGAACGGAACAUUGAUGCUGAAGAGGGGCAGAUUGAUGAGGAGGUUCGAAAAUUUAGGCAAAGCAGAAGAGAGAAUACAAAUGAAGAAGAUGAAGAGGUUCGAGAGGCAAUUACCCGGGCUAGAGCUCACAGAUCUCAGGUUGAGGACAUCAAUAUGAGUGAUGAUGAGAUGGAAAGAAGAUCAGGACCCGCUAUUGAUGAUUCUGAUGAUGACCGUGGUCCAUCCCCAACACCAGCAAGAGGAAGAGGAAGGGGCCGCGCCAGAGGGGGAAGAGGACAGAGCACGACCACUAGAGGGACUUCAAGACGAGGAAGAGGAAGUGCAAGCAGUGAUGUCCCCUCUAGUGGUCGAGGGUCUAAAGCACCUUCCAAGAACAUGUCUAUCUUUGAUGCAUUUAAAUCCUCGUCGUCAAGACAACCUUCUUCCAGAAAACUUCCCGCAAAGAAUUAUACCGAGGAGAUAGAGGAUGAUAACUCUGAUCUUGAGGAGGUUUCCUUUACGCCUUCACGUGUGGACAAGAGAUCUUCCAGCGUGUCAUCGACCUACAGCAAGCAAAGUUCUCAAAGCCAGGCGUCUCGAGGGGCAUUUUUUGUUGAUGACGACGAUGAUGAGGAUGAGUUUGAUCCAUUCAAGAACGCUGCGUCAUCCAGAAGAAAUCGACGGUAGAUCUCAUUGGCCCCAUUAAGACUGUGGUGACCUUUGUCACAUGACCUGACAUCUUCACUCCGAUAUGCACUAUUAUUAUGAUGCCAAUGUUUGCCUUUACAUGUAUUACCUGUAUUGAUCUUAUGUCUGUAGUCUUGCUAGUUAUCUCCUGCCCGCAGCGGGUAACUUAGUGCAGAUUCCUUUGUUGUGCCGAGACUGAUCUGUUCCCGAAAUAGUCUAUGAUCUGUUUCCAGUUAUAAAGCUUUAGAUUUAGUUUGUUUUUUAUACAUCAUCUAUGUAUUGUUGUAACAAGUUAAAGUUUACUAAUGAGA